AUGUCCGUGACAUCCUUUCUUCGGCGGAUGUCCGUCGAUUCGGGGUCGCCAAAGCCGAGCAGAUCAAGCCGCGAGUCGCGCGACUCGCGCGAUUCCCAUGAAUCCCGCGAUUCGCCACGAACGGCGACAUCGCGUCGCAGUCGCCUCGUCGCCAGUAUCGACUCGGCUCGACGACGAUUUUCUUUACAACAUUGUAAUGACGUUUAUCAUCACUUGCAAGCUGUGGCGAUGAUGACGCACAGCUCUCAACGACCUGACGUCGGAAGCUUACCGGAUUUACAGGAAAAACCUCGAUCUCCACAAACGAAGAGGGUCUCUGUUGUCGCAGGCGGUGACAGAAUGAUAUACCUCCAUAAAAAUCGCAAAAAUCAAGUCUCAUCAAAAGCUUUGAAAUUUGCUCCUAGACUCUAUUUGCAAAUCAGUGAAGGGCAUACUGAGAAUAUGCAAAUGGCUAUUGACACCCCAGAUGUAUAA